AUGACAAUCGGGCCGCCUCAACAUGGCGGCUCGGCCAUCGCCGCAGGCCAAGGAUGGCAUGCUGAAGUCGUGCGUCGUGCACUUGGUGUUGUCAGCUUGCUGCUGGUGCGCCCUGAUCACGUGAGCACGCUUGGCAACACGUGCAGGCACCCAUCAACAACUGUUGGCAUGGCGCGGCGUGCGCAGCGUCUGCGGGCUAUCGCGGUGCAACCGGUGCGCGAUUUAUUCGUCGAUGCCCGCCGACGGGCACGCAGAGACGACUGCACGCUGGCGCAAUGCUGGCUCCACCCGAUGACGGCUGGAGGGCGAUGCACAAUGAUGACGUGCACAACAGUGAAUUGGCAUGAGAGCACUAGGGAGAAGGGUCAGAUCGGGGUGGGCAACUCGGCCCAGAUUGCGGGACCACCCUUCUGGACCCAUCGCGGAGCAUGGACUAGAGAAGCUUGGACUGACAAUGCAGUUUCAGAUACUAAUGACGUGAUUGGAUAUGAAUUCAACCAGUUUUUAUCUCAAACAAAGUUCAGCACCAGAAAACAAUGCCGUGAUUCGCCGCAGCCACAAAAGGCGUCGACUGUCGAGAAUUCAACAAUGGACGUGGAGAGAUCGUCACUGUGCAAUUGCGUGGUUAAUUUUCUGCUCGAAGAGAAUUACCUGCUGUCGGCGUUCGAGCUUCUCCAUGAGCUCCUCGACGACGGCCGCGACGACCAGGCGAUUCGCCUCAAGCAGUUCUUCUCCGAUCCGGCUCAGUUUCCCCCCGAUCAGAUCUCACGCUUUAACUCUCUUCGAGUGGCAGACCCCCAAAGUCUAUUCGAAGAAAAAGAAUCGCUGGAAGAAAAGUUGGCUGUCCGUGAAUAUGAGCUUCGUCUUGCACAAGAGGAUAUUCAUAACAUCAAGGCUGAAUUACUGAAGAAAACUGAGACCAACUUGGAUGAAUCAAAUGGAAGAAGUGCUAAUAGUACUAAAGAUAACAGACAAAUUGUCGAACAAGUAAAGAGGGACGAGUCUUUCUUAGAUUUCGGUCCUCUGAAGGACAAUGAGCGAUUGGAUUUAAACUGCGCAGUGAAGGAAUAUUUACUAUUAGCUGGAUACCGUUUAACUGCAAUGACAUUUUAUGAAGAGGUCACUGACCAGAACUUGGAUGUAUGGCAAAACUCAUCUGCAUGUGUACCUGAUGCGCUGCGGCAUUACUAUUAUGAGUAUCUUUCUUCAACCGCAGAGGGUGCAGAGGAGAAAAUAGCAUUGCAGAAAGAGAAUGACAGGCUGAAGUCCUUAGUACGAAACAAAGAGAUGUCAGAUGCACAAGUCAUGGUAUUGACCAAAUCGUUGGAAUCGCUACAGAAAGAUAUCAAGGACAAAGAAAAUUUAGUCCAUGGUUUGAAGAAGACUUUGGAAAGCCAAAGAAUGGAACUAAAUGAUUGUAGAGCUGAAAUAACUGCACUAAAAAUGCAUAUCGAAGGAUAUCAAUCUGGUAAAUAUGUUUUAGCCACAGGCUCUGAACUCAUCCAACCAGUACCACAGGGCCAGGAUGAGAAUAAUGAAAUUUUUGAGAGUGAAGUAGAAAUGUUGAAAGCCAAAACACCUUUGAGUAUGGACCCUGUUGACGCAAUGGUAAGAGAGGAAGGGAAUGAUGGGGAAUUAGACAAAGCUGAAGAUCCACAAGUAAAUAUUAAUGAAUCUUCUAGAGUUGGUUCAUUGGCUGAUUUAAUGAUUGUGGAUACUGAGAUGAUGGAGAAACAGCAUUCUGAUGACAGCAAUGCCAGAUCUGAGAAAAUGUCAAAAGAAUUACCUACUACUUCAGGUGAAAGUGGAUUUCAUGGAGACGGGGAAAAUAUUUGCAAGGAAAAUGGAACACUUUCUUCAAACACUGAUAGUUUACUUGCCAAGCCGGACAACCUUGAUGCUGAUUCAACUGCUGACAAAACGGGUUUGGGAACUAUUGAGAUACUUUCAAAUGCUUUGCCUAAAAUUGUACCUUACGUUCUAAUCAACCAUCGAGAGGAGCUGCUUCCUCUGAUUAUGUGUGCAAUUGAGCGCCAUCCAGACUGUGCCACUCGUGAUUCCCUGACCCAUACGUUAUUUAACUUAAUAAAGCGUCCCGAUGAGCAGCAGAGACAAAUCAUAAUGGAUGCUUGUGUUACUCUUGCAAAUAAUGUUGGAGAGUUGAGAACAGAAACAGAAUUGCUUCCCCAGUGUUGGGAACAAAUUAAUCACAUGUAUGAGGAACGUAGGCUUCUUGUUGCUCAGUCAUGCGGUGAGCUUGCAGAAUUUGUGCGGCCAGAGAUACGCGAUUCCCUUAUCUUGUCCAUUGUGCAACAGCUUAUUGAGGACUCUGCUACAGUCGUGAGGGAGUCUGCUGCUCAUAAUCUGGCUUUGUUGCUGGCACUCUUCCCAAACACGGACAAAUAUUUCAAGGUUGAGGAUAUGAUGUUUCAAUUGGUUUGUGAUCCCUCGGGAGUUGUUGUCGAGACUACUAUCAAGGAUUUAGUGCCUGCUCUAAUAAAUUGGGGAGAUAAGUUAGAUCAUAUGUUACAAGUUCUUCUCUCUCAUAUCUUGGAGUGUGCUCAGCGUUGCCCACCUAUUUCUGGGGUUGAAGGUUCCAUUGAGUCACAUCUUCACGCGUUAGGCGAAAGAGAACGUUGGAAUGUUGAUGUAUUAUUGCGGCUGCUUGCCGAGCUUCUUUCAUGUGUCCACAGGAAAGCUGUUGAGACUUGUCCAAUUUCCUCAGUUUCAGAUUCAUCAACACUAUCAUUCACUCCAUCAUUGCUUAAUAUUUAUGCGGAGGGGCAAGUGGAGUGGCCUGCCUUUGAGUGGCUGCACAUGGAGUGCUUUCCCACUUUGAUUCAGUUGUCCUCUUUAUUGCCUCAGAAGGAGGAUAAUAUAAGAAACCGUAUAUCUAAGUUUCUGCUGGCAGUGGCUGAACGUUUUGGGGAACCUUACUUGACACACAUCAUGUUGCCGGUGUUUUUAGUAGCUGUUGGAGAUGAUGCUGAUUUAAAAUACUUCCCAUUCAAAGCCCAGAUUGAGGCCUCAAUCUACAAUAGCUCAGAGGAUUGCUACAAUGUGUGUCCUACCACUUCUCCUGGCAGGCAUACUUGGUCACCCAAGCAAGCUACCUUUGAAGAAAACCAUGGUAUAGUAUUUAACAUUCUAUGGGAAAUGAUUGCAAGUACUGCUGUAAAUUUGAAAGUCAAUGCUGCCAAACUUCUGAAAGUCAUUGUACCAUAUAUUGAUGCAAAGGUUGCCUCAUCCCAUGUCUUACCAGCUCUAGUGACUCUUGGUUCAGACCAAAACCUAAACGUAAAAUAUGCAAGCAUUGAUGCUUUUGGUGCUGUAGCACAACACUUUAAGAAUGACAUGAUUGUUGACAAAAUACGAAUUCAGAUGGAUACUUUUCUUGAAGAUGGAUCACAUGAAGCUACUGUUGCUGUGAUUCGUGCAUUGUUGGUAGCUGUGCCUCAUAUGACGGAUAAGCUGCGAGAUUAUAUCCUUAUGACUUUCUGUUGUGGUUUACAUGAUAUAGGACGUCGGAGAGAAAGAGCUAAUGCAUUUUGUGAAUCAAUUCGUGCUCUUGAUGCAACAGACCUUCCAGUUUCCAGCAUCAAAGACUACCUCCUUCCCGCAAUCCAGAACCUAAUGAAGGACACAGAUGCCCUCGACCCAGCCCACAAGGAGGCCCUCGAAAUCAUACUCAAGGAGAGAUCAGGUGGGACUUUCGAGACCAUCAGCAAGGUCAUGGGGGCCCACCUUGGGCUCGCCUCUUCUGUCAGCAGCUUCUUGACCGACAGCGGCCUGCUCGGGAAGAAGGAAAUCGCCGGAGAAAUGGAGGCAGAGGCCAGUGAAGCCCCGAAACCGAUUCCACCGCCUCUGCCUGAGGACACGAGAUUCCGGAGGAUUAUGAGGGGCGGAUUCACGGAUAUGCUUCGGGGGAGGAACAAGAGCAAUGAGGAAGUUCAUCCCAAUGAGUAGUCACAAGCUAGCUGUGAAAUGGAUAUAUGAAGUGAACUGCUGCUUUUUGGCAUUCUAUUCUUUCUUUUGUUUUAAGAAAUAAAAUAAAAUAUGAAUAUGUAUUCAAUGCAUGUUUAUAUUCGGCAUGAGAUGUUUAAGAUCUAAGGUUUGUUGACAUUG